UUUAUAAGUUACAAUCAAAGCAGGCACAUCGCAAUCCAAGUUAGAUUAGUUUUUCUAAAUUCAAAAAUACAUUUCAGCUGCUGUUCGACAUAGAGACGAUGACUUCAUACCUAAAGGAAUGCCUUUUGCUGCUACUCGUGAUGCUGGCUCAUCCGAUUUGGCCCGCAGAAGGUGAAUAUACCAGCAAUUGCACUGACCAGGCCACCGAAUUGACCACCUGUGGCCACAUCACGGCCAAUGGCUGCUGUCCCAAGGGCUGUAUACGUAAUGCCAGAGGCAGAUGUGUCGAGGAGAAGUGCACCGGUUCGUGGAAUGGUUUUCUUGAGCGUCCUUUAACCAUGUCAUGUCACUUUCAUUGGUUCCUCAUAUUCGUUGCCAUAGUCAUAUCUAGCAUUAUGGCUGGAAUGAUAUGUGCCAACCUGGCGUUCGAGAUAAGGGAAUGCCUGCGGAAACGACGUCUUGCUAGGUACAGGCAAUUCAGCGACAUCAGCGGAAGCAGCUUCAUUGGCUCCACUCAAUGUUAACGCACAUGCGUGCUCUCAUGCGAGACACAGAGAAUGGCAGCAAAACGCACAAAACCAAAAAAAAACAAAAGGAAAGGAAAAGAAAAAAUAAGUUGCGGGAGGAAAGAAAAAGGGAUUUGGCAUAAUCUACAAUACAUUAGCGGUAGCUUUGCUCUGGCUUUCAAUUCAA